CUCAUGUCACAUAUGUAACUUUCAGUUUUUUUUUAUGCAUAAAAGUUGUGACAUUUCAAUGUCCAUAAAAAAAAACUGUCUUUCUGGCACAGUCAAUAGAGCGUCGAUCAUUCAAAAACCUAAGCUAAAUUGAAAUGUGCCCCCCAAUACUUCUGUGAAUUUUAGCUUCGGAAGCAUGCCAUUUUUAUUGUUAUUUAACACAUUUUUCAAAUCUUGGAAACUAAUGAACUUGAGGUGUAAGUGGUGGAUUGCCCUGACAAGCAUGUCUUCUUGUUUAAUCCAAGGAUACCUUCAUCCCUCCACUUAUCAAUGUAGAUUAGAGUAGUAACGUCUUCCUUAAAAAAACUCCAAAGUGCAAAAAAAAAAAAAAAAAAAAAGAAAAGAAAAAACUUGAGGAGGAAAGUAUUUAAAAGACCAAAGUGAAAAAACUCCAAAAACUUAGGGCGAAAAUCUGAAAUUAGCCCUUCACAAAUAUACUUGCAAAAAAUUCUCGUUGCUUUUGGGUACUACUGUGAAUUGGGUUGUGGCGGGCAGGGGCAGGCUGGGCAGCGGAGGUUCAGUUUCUUUCUUCCAGUUGGGUUUUCAAAAUUUACUUCCAGAGAGAAUCAAAACCCAUAAAUUUGAAGCUUUUGAAAAGAUGGACGCCGAACCUGCCAUCACCGCCGCCACCGCCACCGCCACCAUGGAUUUCAAGCUACUAGCACUUGUGGUAUUUACAGGGGCUCUGAUGGUUGCAAUUUUUUCCGGCGGCCCGUUGAGGAAGAUGACGGUUUACGGAAUCAUGCACUCCAUCCUGAAGCCUCUGUGUCUGUUGGUUGGUGUGUUGUAUAUCGCUUGGACAUUGCUGUAUCUUGUUGCUUGGUGCUUCCGUCUCCUCUUUCUUUUGGCCCGAAUUGUGUGGCGGAAUGUCCCGAGAGAAGGUUUGGCGGAUAGAUUGGACACAUGGCUCGAGGAAUUUGAGGCGAAGCUCGACAAUGGAAAUGAUAGCAGCAACCCAACUACUGAGACUGAAGUAACAUCACAAUCCAAGUUGAAUGAGUCCAUCUCCGGACACGAGCAUUCCACUUGAAUCUUCAAUAUCGUAUCUCAAUUUUUCAUUGUUUUGACAAGGCGAUAUUCUAAACUACUUUAAUUUACGGGAUGGGUUUUACGGAAUGAGGAUUUGUAUUUGGAUGGGUGGGGCACCUUACCCUGCUCAACCGACCUAACUCACGUUUGCGAACUUUGAUAUUCUAUUCCAUUUCCUUCCC